AUGACCAGCUUGCCGUGGAAGAAGCUUCUGGUCUUGAUUUAUUGCCUUGUCGGACUGACUUGUCCUACUUGGGGACGAUCGUCGGACGUGGUCUUGUUGGAGCGAUCGACCUGGAAGGGCCAGGGCUCCACGCGCUUGGAUGGUUCGUUGCUGGGCAAGACGAACUGUGGCAUCGCUGCUUGUUGCAGCCAGUGCCCUGUCGAUUUCAAUGUGAACAUCAAUUUUGCCAAGAUUUCACAAGCAAUUGCUUCAAUGGGGGCGGACAUCGAAAAGCUGGAUUCCGAUUUGCAGAAGAUGGUGAAGGAAAUCGGGGAAGGACUCCAAGCCAUUGCCAAGGCGAUCUCUCAGCUGGAUGCUGGCAUUCUCGCUGUGGGCGCGGCCCUCCUUGCUGACCUCUCAAUCAUCGAAGGACAGCUGGCAGGCAAGAUCGACUUGAGCAUAUUGGCAAGCGAAGCUAUUGAUGCCGUCCAGCAGAUUAGGUACAUCCAGAAGACGUACAUGAACCCGCUGCUGCGGAACCCGCGGGCGUUACCGGAUUAA